CCAGAAAUGCAGGCAGCGUGGUUUCAUUUUUGUUUAAGAAUAACAUUGCAACACAGCUGAUACCUGCAGAGCAAAGAAGAAGCAGAGAUAUUAAAAUAGAAUAGAAAAAGAAAUAGAAUAUAUAGAAUAACAGCAGCAGUGACACUGGGGUGAAAUCACUAUAGAUAUUUCAGUUUUCCUUGUGUCCUGAUUCGACCUUGUCUCUCUUUGGAAAUGGAAGAUACUUAUUUUGUGGUGGCAGUUGACUUUGGAACUGCAUAUAGUGGCUACUGCUUCAGUAUCAAGGAUGACGUAUCAGAAAUCAGAAAUCCUUACUGGGGUAUGGAGUAUGGAUUCAGACUCCCCAAAACUCCAACUUGCAUUUUGUUCAAUGAAGAUAAAAAGUUUGUGAAGUUUGGCUUUGAUGCUAUUAUGACCUACAAGCAGAUGCCUUCUAAAGAAGCUUUGCGCUUCUACUUUUUUGAAAAUUUUAAGAUGGAGCUCUACAACAAGAUGCAUUUAAAAAACCUUUUAAUCAAGGCUAAGAAUAAUAAAUCCCUUCCUGCACUGAUUGUGAUUUCUGAGAGCCUUCGCUUUCUGAAGGACCAUGCUCUGAAGAUGAUCAAUGAGUCCAGUCUGGAGGUUACAUUCUCUGAAGAGGACAUCACGUGGGUCCUGACUGUGCCAGCUAUCUGGAGACCCGAUGCCAAGCAGUUCAUGAGGCAAGCAGCUAAAGAGGCAGGACUGGUUAAUGACAUUAAUUCAGAAAAGCUCCUUCUAGCUCUUGAACCUGAAGCAGCAUCCCUGUGGUGCAGGCAAUUACCCAGCUCUGGAUUGGUAGCUGAAAACAACAGAGGUGAUACCCUUCAGAACACCCCAGGAAUUCAGUAUGUGGUUGUGGAUUGUGGAGGUGGCACCAUUGACAUUACAGUUCACGAAGUGCUGGAAAACAACUAUCUGAAGGAGAUUCAGAAAGCUUCUGGUGGGGGUUGGGGAGGAUCAUCUGUAGACAGAAACUUUGUUGUCUUUCUGAGAGAGUUGUUUGGAGCUGAUGUUUGGGACAUCUUUGAAAAGCAGCACCCUUCUGAACUACAGAAGAUGAUGUAUAAUUUCUCUGUUCAGAAAUGUAUGGAAUCUAAUGGGGAAAACAGGGAAAACAGUGAAAUUUUCUUCUCAUGUGUUUUUAGUUUAGCAAAAUUGGCAGAGCAGAAAAAGGAGAUAUCAUCAUAUUUCGAAGGUAUAGAUGGGGUAUCCUGGAGUGAUGGAAAUAUUAAAAUUGCCUAUCAAAAACUGAAGAGUUUUUUCAAAGACAGUCUAACAAACAUUAUUGAUGCAAUAGAAGACAUUAUAAAACAGCCAGAGGUCCACAUAGAUUAUAUUUUGCUGGUAGGAGGCUAUGCAGCCAGCAGGAUUUUACGAGAUAAAGUGUAUGAAAUUUUUAGAACAAAAUGCAAAGUCAUGUGCCCCAUUGACUCCCAGCUAGCCAUUGCAAAGGGAGCAAUUCUCUUUGGUGCAGAUCCCAAAAUAAUUACAUCUCGAGUGAGUGCUCUCACUUAUGGCAUGGGAGUGUCUGAAAAAUUUCUUGCUUACAAACAUAGUUGGAAUAAGCGCAGAGUUACCACAAGUGGAUUUGUUUAUUGCACCGAUGUCUUCAUGAAAUUAGUUGAAAGGGGUCAGGGUGUUGAGCAAAACGAGGCAGCAGAGUAUUGCUUUAAUCCAGUAGAUGGAGAUCAAGUAGAAGUUUUAUUUUCCUUCUUUUCUACAGAAAAGGAAAAUGCCCAAUAUACAGAUGAUGAAGGAGUGAAAGAAGUGGGGUCUAUUAUUGUACCGAUACCUGGUAACAUUUCCGGUAAAGAACGCAGAAUCAAAUUGGAAAUCAGUUUUGGUUUAACAGAAAUAAAGGCCACAGCAACUGACUUGAAUACUGACGAGACACAGAAAAUCACUCUAGAUUUUAUGACAGAGUAAAAAUGAUUACAUGUUCACUGCAAGAAUAAUGUGCAAAAAAUAUUAGACGUUGUUGAAAUAUAUUAAUUCAAAUUGUUUAAAAGGAUUAAUAUAUUUACAGUGGCAGAACCCAUUAAAAUAACCAACAAUCCUUUUUUCAUAAAAUUCUUUAAAAUCUCACUUUUCUAAUUAUUACUUUAAGCACUUGUCUUGGCGGGUAUUGCAAUGCAAAUUUGUCGCAUUCAAAGGAAUACCCCCACCCAAACAUAUUUUUAAUUUGUUACUCACCCUCAUGUAUUUUGUAGUAAUGGCUUAGAAUUUUUGUUGUUUUAAAACCAGUUUUUAUACGGUUUCAAAAAAGGAAGAAACAGACUACCAGAAAAUUCUGAGUAUGUCUAUACUGUUCAUUUUACAUUUACAAAUAUUUUCUCUUCUUCAUUUCAGUCCAGUUGCUCUGGUCUUUUCACACAUCUCAGAAAUGCUUACAUUUGAUUCAUUGAUGAAUAAAUUGGUUUAUUUCAAUGGGUCUCAUGCUAUCAACUAGCAUUCCACUCAUAGAUUUUGUAUUAAAUAGCUGUCUGGGUAGGCACUGGUGACCUGUGGUUCUGUAAUGAACAAAUGUAGAAAGUAAAGUGAUGGGUGCUUUACUGUAGGACUGCAGAACCUGGCCAGUCAUAGAGAAGGAUGGAUGGAAUUACAGUUAUAUUUGUUUUGUUUAUCUUUGCUAAUAAACAUUGUUAAUGAAUGGUUAA